GUGACAAUACCAUUUUUACAAGCUGAAGCAGUAACAAUAGGACAAUGGAUGUCUAUAUCAACAUUCCUUGACUCUAUAGCCAUUGGUAACAUCAUUCCUUCACCACUAGUAAUGUUCUCAACAUUUAUAGGUUUUCAAGCUGGUUAUCUUUGGGGCGGUCAAAGUGUAGGCUUUGGAUUGCUAGGUGGAACACUCAUAGCCAUAGGAAUACUUUUUCCAUGCUUUGUAUUUACGAUACUAGGACAUAAUUUACUUGAGAAAUUAGUUCGUAAUCAAUUCUUAGCGGCAUUUUUUGAUGGUAUUUCUGGCACUGUAGUUGGAAUUAUUGCUGUAACUGCAAUGGACCUACUCCGAUCUUCAAUAGCAUCUCCUACAGGUCUUGUUAAUGUAUCAUCGCAAGAGCUACCUGCUGUUCAAGCAAAAAAUAGUAGUCUUGCUGCUGUGUUGUACGUUUUGACAUUAGCUGUUUUAUAUGGAUUUAAAAAACCUUAUUUAUCCUUUUGGUUGGUAAUUUUUGGUGCUGUAGCUGGACAAUUUUUAUUUCUCAAUCACUCGUAG